UGUCAUGACAACCGCUGCUUACAGGAAAGUCAAAACUCAAAUCUGACUUCUGACGGCUAGCUAGCUAGCUAGCUGAAGUUUUCUCCUCGUUCCUGUAACGUAACUCAAAGCUCAUUGUUGUUGAGCUCAAAUGAAAUUAGGUAUACAAUCUUCAGAGAGGAUACGCCCAGGUUAAAAUGCUGCUGUCGACCUGCAAAGGUGUCGCGGCAGCACCGGGGAAAGGAGGCACGGAGCCGGCGGCAGGUGGACAAAGCGACGACCACAGAGGACCUCAAAGCGGGGGAGAGAGAGGACAAGGGCUCGGUGUUCAGGAGUGGCCUGACGGAUCCAGAUAUGAGGGAGAAUUUGUGAACGGGUUCAAACACGGCAGAGGGAGGUACACCUGGAAAAAUGGAGAGUUCUAUGAGGGCUCUUUCUACAAAGACUACAGGCAUGGGGAUGGACUGCACUGUUGGCCCACAGGCCACAAGUUCACUGGCAAGUUCUACCUCAACAGAAAGGAAGGUUACGGACAACAACUGUUCCCUGACGGAGCCAUCUUUCAGGGUUUGUACCAUGCUGACCAGAGGUUUGGUCCAGGUGUGGUUAGUUAUCCAGAUGGGCGUGAGGAUGUGGGUCUGUGGCUUCAGGAGUGCCUGCUUAGGCUCUGUACGUCUGAUGAAGAGGGCUUUAGCCUAAAGAACUUUCCUGAAUAUGCUGCCUACAUGGACCCAGCUGCCAUCACAGAUUCCCUGACUCAGCCUUCCACUAGUGGUUUACAGACAGAAGCCAGGACAGACUCUGAGGUGGAUACAGAAAGAGUUCUGCUCUCAGAUGAUAUUUUUAUCCUUCCCCCCGGCAUGGAGAGUUACUCAACAGAUGGUGACCACUUGCCGCUACCCCCUGGCCGAAGAAGAGAGCUGGAUCAACACUUCUAUGGCGAGCUGUGGGAGCCAGAAGCUUAUCCGCACAAAGGCUAUGAGCGAGACCCACUCUCCACCCUGCCCUUACAGGCCCGCAUGCAGGCUCACAUACACAGACACAGACUACAGGCUGAAAAUGUGGGCUGGGACGUGGCAGCUGUUCUCUCUCUGAACAGGGAAAGUUUUGGUCCUAAAGGGCCUUUGGAAGUCAGUUCAGAGUUGUUGAUCCAGCACGCCUCCCGAGGGGAACUGCAGGCUGUGUCACAGAUCCUCCAGACUGGUUUGGUCCACCCUGAUGUAGCAGAUUCACAGGGACACACUGCACUGAUUGCUGCCACAGUAAACUGCAAUAAUGAUGUGAUCCAGCUGUUGUUGGAUAUGGGUGCCGAUAUUGACAAGUUGAACUGUGAAGGCAUGUCUGCCCUGGCUGUGUGUCAUGUACUCUACUACCCUUUUCGGUCUCUGUACACCAUUUUGUCUAAACCACCUGCCAAAACUCAAGUUUUGAGGUCUCCAUCUGUAGGUGGGAACAGUCCCCAGAUCAGCCAAGUGGACUUCACUACGGACACACCCAGGACAGCAGAGGAACUAACAGAGCGCAUCGUACAUCAUAGCUUUAAAGUGUCUCUUAACAGUGAGCUCAUCACUGAGCGCUGGCCUGGCCUGAAUGAACCUGAGACUCCUGCAGACACUAAACACCUACAGGAGGAGGAGAGAAAAGAGAAAGAGGUAGAAGGAGAGGAAAGAGACUGCAGGGAGACAGAGAGAGAGGGACAUGUUAGAGAGAGAGAAGAAAGGAGCAGCAGGGAGGAUCAGAAUGAGAGCAAAGCGGAGGAAAGAGAGAUAGAGAGCAGAUGUGAUCAAACGUGGGAAAAUGAAGAAAGUGAGGUGAAAGGGAAGGAAAGAGAAUUAAGGAAGAGCGAGGCAGACGUUGAGAUUGGUCAGAGGAGAGAAACAGAGUCAAGGAAAGAGAAUAUGGAGGUGAGCGAGGAGGAUGAGGAAGAUGUGGAGAAGAAAGUAAGGAAUAAUAAUGAAGGGGCUAUAAAGGAGAGAGAAGACAGAGGACGUAAGGACAUACCUGGUGUGGAGCGCUUCAUUCAGGUGUAUGAUGGUCACAUCGCACUGGGCAGUGUGCAGUGGAAGGAAUGUCAAGCUAAGGCAGUGGGAAAAGUUCAGCAGGGCAAAGACAGAGAAUUGACCCAAAAAAAGGCCUUUGACUCUGCCUGCUCCGUCAGCAGCUAUAACAUCCAGGUCACAGAGGAAGUGAUGCAGCGCUCAGCAGAAGCACUGAGUCGCACGGGGAUCCCUCAGCGCUCUGACACACAGGGGACUGUGCGCAAAAUGGCUGCCAUGAAAACUGAACACCGUGUUCGUUUGAACACCUUGAAGCUGUUAUUGGAACGGGGAGCUGACCCCAACGCAUCCAGGAUCCCCAUGCUGGUCCUCUUUUUAGCCAUUAUGGCGGCUGACACUGAGGCCGUCAGGAGACUGCUGCUGUGUGGAGCUCGCACUGACAUUCCCCUUCCACCUGAGGAAAAAGGUCUGUAUCCCCUACAUGUAGCUGCAGCACUGCCAGGUCCAGCAGGUCCCAUAAUCACAGAGUUGCUACUCCACGCUGUUACUGAUCCUGACACAAAGGCAAGCGACCAGAACGACAUCUAUGAACCGGAUAAGAUUUUCAUGAAGGCCCAGGAACCACUGAGCACCAAGGGGAACCCAAAUCUUAAAGGAGGCCGAACAGCCCUACACGUGGCCUGCCAGAGAGACAGUGACUACAGGAAUGCUAGCAAGGUGGUAGCCCUGCUGCUCUCCCACAGAGCCAGCACAGACCUCAUCUGGAGUGGACACUCACCUCUCUCACUGGCUAUAGCAAGUGGGAAUGACCUGGCAGUGGAGGAGCUGUUGAACGGAGGUGCAAAUCCCAACAUUCCCCUGGGCUGCAGGGUGGGCAGCGCCCUCUGUGCUCUCGCCAACAUUAACUACCACUUAGGUGGCAACAGAGCUAAGCUGUUGGACAUGUUGGCUAAGGCUGGUGCCGACAUCUUGAUGCCAGUUACGGUGGGUGAUGUUGUGGGAACUGCAGUCGACUAUGCACACUGCUCCUUCAACCAGGAUUUUCGUAUUGCCAACACUCCCUUCCAUGCUCUGAACAUGCGGGAGAGGGAAACAUUCAAAGCACGGCGACAGCUGCUGAGCAUGAUGGGAGAUCUACUAAGACAGACUGCUAGCCAGAGGGAGAAUUUACAUCUUACGUCAAAUAGUACUAGUAGCACGGGAGCAGGUGCCAUUUCUUCAAACGUGCCCCUCCCCAGCGGUGAAAGCCUAUCGACCAUAACAGAAAAACACAGGAAACCAGCGUUUAGGUUCUGCUAUAACUGUGGUCGCUCGGCGUCCGUGAAGCUGACUGCAUGUAGCCGCUGCCACAAGGUCUUUUACUGCUCCAGGACCUGCAAACUAAAAGCAUGGGAUGAAAGACACAAGGACGAGUGUAUCCGGGUCUCAGCAUCUGCUGAUGGCCUCCAGAAGAGUGUUGUGUUUAAAUCCCCAAGAGGCCCCAGGCCCUUGACUGCCAUGUUGAAAUCCAAAACCAUGCCCAGGCCCUUGAGUGUCAAGUUGAAAUCCCAAAGGGCCCCCAAGCCCUUGAGCAUGGCAGAUAAGGUAUUGGAGAGCCAAUUCAACCUGAAGGAAAACUACAGCUUCAACUGAUGGAUACUAACAUUUUGCAUACUUAAUAACAGCUGUAGUACAACUUUAUCUACCUAAUACUGUAAUGCACUUCUGUUACAUAAUUUCUCUCUCUUUAUAUAUUUGGCUAAAGGAUGAUGACAUUAUGUUGUGCCAUAAUAAUUUUUCUUUGGUGUAUUUAUACUUGUCGAAUUUGGAAUCAUCUGUUAUAGUAUUAUGAUAAAAGUGUAAUAAUGUUUCUCUUCUCUGCUAUUGCCACAGAAACACUGAAUGGCUGAAUUUACAUAUUUUCAAACCAGUACCAGAUUUUUGCAUGUGACUUCUUUUAUAUCUAAACAUUCUGACUAAAGCUAUUACUGUUGUUGAUCUUCAUUUUCGUAAUAUCCUCUGGUUAAUUUUUGAAUAAAUAAGGAGAAGUAUGACAAAAAUAUUAA